AUGAAGACAAUUCAAACCCUUCAAAGCGUCUGUGCUGUCGCUUUUGUUUCUACUUUCAUCCAAUCCACCUUUGCCCACGGCGUCUAUCUCGACUGUGGAUCAAAGUUGAAUGGGGAUGGUAGCAAGUCUAAGCCAUUCAAUUCCAUCAAUCUCAUAAAUAAGGCCAUUCUCCACGCCGGAGAUGUUUUAAGCAUAAAAUCCGGAACAACAUGCUUAGGGACACUAUCACCACAAGGAAGUGGCACACAACAAAACCCCAUCGUUUUGACCAGUUACGGACAUGGACCUCUGCCUAUCAUGAAUGGAUCAGGGGCGGCAGAAGCCAUCAGUCUUCGCAACCAGGACUAUUGGGAUAUUUCCAAUGUCGCAGUCGUCAACCCCGCAUCUUCAAUCGCCUGGAGACGCGGUAUCGCUGCUACUUCUGAUGACGGCACCAUCCACCACGGUCUUUAUAUUCACGAUGUCACCGUUUAUGACGUCGCUGGUGAGACAAACAAGGCAACCCAAUCUGCUGCCUUCAUCGCUUCUGCUGGUAUUAUUGUCAACGGAACAGAAAAUGAAAGUCGGUAUGAUGAUGUUCAAAUCUACCACAAUACGGUCUAUAAUUGUGGCGGUGGUGGUAUCAAAGUUCGUGUCGGUCAGAUGGACAAUCACGGCGUAGGGACACAUAUUUUUGACAACAAUAUUUCAUAUGUCGGGGGUGAUGGAGUUGUGGUCUCCUAUGGAAGUUCUCCUCUCAUCGAAAACAACAUCGCCGGUUACCUCGGCCACGGGAAAUACCCAUAUACUGGUGGAAACUUUGCCGGAAUUUGGGUUCUGGGAUGUCGCGAUGCAGUCAUGCGGUUCAAUGUCGUUCACAACUCCCUCAUGUCGGACAUUGACAGUGAGGCGUUUGAUUGCGACUGGGGCAACGAAGGGACAUGUACUGUUGAAUACAACUACAGCCAUGACAAUGCAGGCGGCAUAUUCUUGAAUUGUGAUGGAUGUGGUACCCCAGGCGGAGCAAGACAGAUUGUGCGGUACAACAUCUUCCAGAAUGACUGUCGAAUGUACAGCAAUGGAGAUAAUAUACAGCUGGACUUCUACAACAAUGUUGUCUACUGUCCGGAGAAGGACUUUGAGAUUGCGGUUCCGCCGCAUACAAAUAUAUCGAACAAUAUAUGGGUUGGGACUGCGAACUCGACAUUGCCAAAGGGUGGCUCUAUCCAAUGGCAUGAUAAUAUCUUCCAAACGGUGCCGAUGCCAGAAGAUACUGCUGGUAGUUUAGGCAAUCCGCAGUUUGUCAGUCCUGGCACUGGCAGGAACAGCCUUGCUUCAGCGAAUGGAUACAAGUUACAAUCCAACAGCCCGGCGCUACGUCUUGGAGCCUUGAUCGCUGAUAACGGAGGUCGGGACUUUUGGGCCGGUACCUUCCACAUCAUGGAGAACAACACUGCCUCAUGGUCGAAUGCCCUUAACAUCAUAAACUACGAGGACACCAAUUGA